AUGUCGACCGACGCUGUCAGCGCUCCAGUCUCGGAGCCUGCACCUGUGCCGGCGCAAUCCACGACUGGUGACCACGACGAGGAGCCUACCCUUGGCCAGAUUGAAUGUGCAAAGCCCGCCUUCCUCCACUCGCCCCCCGACAGCAACAAUGCGCCCAAGUCGGAACCCAGCGACUCCGAGCUCAGCGACCUCGACGACGAUGCCGUUGAUCCAUCUGCUGCCCCUACAAUUCAAGAUGAGGCGCCGCCGCCGCCGCCGCCCGAGGACGACAUUGGCGAAGUCCUCCCCGACCACUGGUCCGGGACCGUCCCUGUCUUCAGGCCGACGAUGCAUCAGUUCAAGGACUUCAAGCUAUUCAUGACCAAGGUCGAUCAUUAUGGAAUGAAGUCUGGCAUUGUCAAGAUCAUCCCUCCCCCCGAAUGGAAAGAAAACCUCCCAAGGCUCGACGACCUGGUGAAGCAAAUUCGAGUCAGAGAACCAAUUAAGCAAGACAUUAUGGGAUCGAAUGGAACCUAUCGCCAAGUCAACAUUCUUCAUCAAAGAUCCUAUAACCUACCGCAGUGGCGACAACUUUGCGACCAGAGCGAGCAUCAGCCCCCAGCGCGGCGAGGCGAGCGCCGAGCCAACGUCGAAAAGCCGAAACCCCGAUCCGCCCCCAAACCUCGUACAGAAGCGAAAUCAACUCCGGCCGGGUCUAGAAAGCGGGGCCGAGGUCGACCGCGCCGGGGUAAGGCCAAGGGCAAGAACCAGGACGAUGAGGACGAUGCCCAAGAAGAACAGGAGGAAGAGAUGCGACCUAUGACGCCCGUCUCUCCCAAACCGGCUGUGGAUGCGGAUGUCAAGGUUAAGAAAGAACAAAUCGUCAAUUCUGUUGAAGACCCCGGAAUGGAUGUCGACGAAGACGAACCACCCACCGUUGGCAGAAUGGGUCGCAUGGGUGGCGCGAGGCAAGCAAAGCCAAAGACCCAGACUGUCUCGGCCCGUCGGAAGUACAGCAAGAGAGAAGGCUCCGCCAUGAUUGACGAAAAGGCGUUUGAGGACUUUGAUUACCAGAUGGAUGUCUCUGAUUAUACCCCCGAGCGUUGCGAGGAACUCGAGAGGAUAUACUGGAAAACACUCACGUACGCCCCGCCGCUGUACGGCGCAGAUCUCAUGGGAACUCUCUUCGACGAGUCGACAGAAACGUGGAACUUGAACAAGCUUCCCAACCUGCUGGAUGUUCUCGGAACAAAGGUUCCCGGGGUGAACACGGCUUACCUCUACUUGGGCAUGUGGAAAGCCACUUUUGCAUGGCAUUUGGAGGACGUCGAUCUUUACAGCAUCAACUACCUCCACUUUGGCGCUCCGAAACAGUGGUACAGCAUUUCACAAGCUGAUGCCCGCCGUUUCGAGGCUGCCAUGAAGAACAUUUGGCCCACGGAUGCCAAGGCUUGCGACCAGUUUCUUCGUCACAAGGGAUUCUUGAUCUCCCCAUCGCACCUCAAGCAGCAUUACAAUAUCACCGUCAACAAGUGCGUUUCGUACCCAGGCGAAUUCGUCGUUACCUACCCCUACGGAUACCACUCGGGAUACAACCUGGGCUACAACUGCGCCGAGGCUGUCAACUUUGCGCUCGACUCUUGGCUUCCCAUGGGCAAGAUCGCCAAACGUUGCGAGUGCGCACAGGCGCAAGACAGUGUAUGGGUAGACGUAUACGAUAUCGAACGGAAACUUCGGGGCGAGCCGACUCCCGAGUACGAGGAAACCGACGAAGAAGACGACGAAGAUGAAGAGGAGGACGACGAAGACGAUGCUACUGGCCUCCCGUCGCCUCCUGAUAGCAACGGCAUUAAGUCGGCUCGUAAACGAAAGCGCGCUGUUGGAGAAAAAGAAGGCAAGGCAAAGACCAAGCGAAUCCGCCUCAAGGUCAAGACGCGCGCAGAACCGACGUGCUGCCUUUGCCCCAGCGAUAUUCCUGGCGCGGAAGUCUUGCCAACAGACGAUGGCCGCAAGGCCCAUCGGAUGUGCGCUCUAUACCUGCCCGAGACUUAUAUCGAUACCGUCGACGGCAAAGAGGUUAUUGCGAACGUUGCCAACAUCAACAAGGAACGUCUGGAUCUUAAGUGUCUUUAUUGUCGUUCCAAGAAGGGUGCCUGCUUCCAGUGCUCCCAGAAGAAGUGUGCCCGGGCCUACCACGCCACAUGCGCCGCUGCCGCGGGUGUCUUUGUCGAAGAAGCCGAAGUCCCAGUCUUUGGCGAAGAUGGAACCGAGUACAAGGAGCAGGCUUUCGAGUUCAGCUGUCGCUUCCAUCGUACCAAGCGUGAUAGGAAACACACGGGUGACUCCUUGGAGGACGAUGUGCGGAUUCGUGAGGCUGCGGCGGCACUCACCAAGGGCGAUAUCUGCCAGUUGCAGUACUUCAAGGGCGACAUCUUUGCUGGUGUCGUGGUUGAGAAUCGCGCCGACGAGCAGAUGGUCCUCCUCGAUAUCAUUCCUAAUGGCGAUCGUCUCGAGGUUGAGUGGAAGUGGCUUCUGCUGCCCGAUCCAUCUGACUACCACCUCCCGAAGGCUUCUUCCAAGGCUAUCCCGAUGCCGUCGUCACAGAAAGCCAAGGAUCAACUCAAUGCGAAGCGCCCCGCUGACGAGAUUCCCCGGAAGGAUGCUCCCUUUGUUGAAGGCUACACAUGGGCAGAGUUCCACCCAUGCAACGAUUGUUCUAAUCCAAACCAGACCAAGGUUGAUCUGUCGAAGGACAGCCAAGUCUGGCACUAUCUCGGCAAGACAUCGACCGAAGCGAAGGCGCAGUACUCUGAUGAUCCCGUCAAGCAGCUGCACAAUCCCAAAAGCAACUUCCUUGAUACUAUUCCCAAGCCUUCUAAGCCUGUUUCCGCAAGCACGUCGCAUCGCAGGGUGUCCGCCAUUCCACCGCAACCAGCGCCAUUGCCAAUGUUCACGCCGGGGGUUGCUAUCCAGAAUGGGCCAAAGUCGGAGAAGCCGUACGUCUACAAGCCCAGAAAGCCUGUCGAAACCAAUUACGCUGGUACGGGAUCUUUCAGUACUCAAAAGUUCACAUCCAAGGCUUCUGCGCCCCCGACUCCCGGAGGACAGCAGCUCCACUUCGGAUCUGACACUCGAUACCCGAUCCCCGGAACCCAGUUUGUUCAAGAGAAGUUUGCUCCUGAUGUACAUCAGCAAUACGUGCCUCGUCCCGCACCAGCCGGGCAAGGUUACUACCCACCCCUGAACACGAUGCAACGGCCGAGCCCUUACAGCACCCCAGGGCCGCAACCUGCACUCGGCGCGCGACCAGCGCCACAAACGUGGUCGACGCCGUCGCAGAGCCCCAGGCCUCCUUUGCCACACAGCACUUCGCAAGGCUCAACCCAACAGAACCAUCGGAGAUACUCGGCCGCGCCAACGCCUUCCGUCGUUAUGAAAUAUGCGUUCUUCCAGGUUCACCACAACAGAGACUCAAAAACGUAUCGAACUCCUUAUGCUCCAUGGGGAGGGUUUACCAACGGCUAUGAAGGUAACCUACGAGCUCAUCUCAUGCGGACAUCUCCAGAAGCCUUUUUCAAGAACCGACAAGGCUCCGUUCAGGGAGGCACACCGACACCCGUUCCAAAUGCUGGUCCACAGGGACCUGCUUACGGCGGCCCAUACCACAACACACUGACGAAUGUGAUGCCUCAGGGCUCUAUUGGCAUGUAUGGUGUUAAAACAGCAGCUCCUUAUUCCUCACCAGCGCCGCAGAUUCCUCAGAAUCACGCCAGGACGCCGUCUUAUUCAUCGAUAUCUCCAUCCCCCGCACCGAGUAGCUCUCAACCCAGCCAGCAAGGACAAAAUCAGGGUUGGCAUGCGCAGCAGCCACAAUUGGCGCCGCUGCACCCGGCGAUUCGGCCGCAGUACGGAGGUUGGGCGAACCAGCCGCAACAGCAGCAUCCUCAGCAUCCUCAACCAGCACAACAGCAGCCCUCGCAACAGCCUCUUCCACAGCAGACUCCGCAACAGCCCCCUGUCAGCCAGUCUCAAACUAGCCAGACGAAACCCCAGCCUGCAGCAAAGCCUGCCGCGCCGAAGGUGCAGUACAAGAUUCCCGAGAAGCAGACUCCGGUUCCCUUGCCGGCCAAGUACCUGGCGGCCAUGGGCAAGAUGCCUACGGCUGCUACUCCGUCCAAGGCCAAUCCAAAAUCAACCGGAUCCUCUGUACAAAGUACGACUCCAUCCCCGGCUUCUGGUCUGGAGAAGGGUUCAACCCAGGCUACAUCAAUGGCAGCCGUCAAUGGCUCUUCACCACAAACGACUUCUUCUUCGCAAGCGGCGCCAACAUCAGCUGGCAUAACGACGACGACGGCGCCUCCAGUAGCUCAAGCUCCCGUGUCGGUACCGCACACGCCAGUGCCAGCUUCAAACUCUCGGAUGCCCUUUACGAACCAAUCAAUGACAACGGCGUUCCCUCGGCAGCCUAUGCAACCUCAAUCCCAGGCUUACAAUACGCCAUCGACUCAACCGUUUCCCCCAGCGAGUCGACCACGGACUGAGCAUCUCAACCCGGCAGAAAUCUUGGCCCAGAUUGCCACCACUCCGCGCAUGAAUCCGCCGACGCCUACAGCACCUUCUCAUCAGUCGAUGCCAUCGCCAGUGCCGCCGCAGACAGCUGCCAUGCCAGGCUACCAGAAUCAUGGUUCAAAUUGGGGACCGACGCAGCAGCAGCAGCAGCAGCAGCAGCCGCCCCAAGCUUGGGCGCCACCGCCAGGACAGUGGCAACCUCAACAUCACCAGCAGUAUCACCAGCAUCCUCCGCCGCAGCAAUACCAACAGCAUUAUCAACAGCAGCAUCGGCAGCCACAUCAGCAGCCGCCACCACCGCCGCAACAACAGCAACAACAACAUCAUAUGCAAGCACAGCCGCCGAACCCACCUCCCCCUCAAGCUCCCGAGGGCGAUUUGCCUCUACCCGAAGUGCCCGCGGACUCGACAGCCCUCGUGGAGAGGAUGAUGCAGAAUCUCCGCCGUGCUGCUUUCCAAGGCUGA